UUGGUUGCGAGCAAUAAACCCACCGAAGGGUUCGUUAGUAUUCACUUACAGGUGAACCCAAAUUACACCCAAAACACCAGUUAUUUGAUCAGAAAUGGAGAUCAGAUACGACUGUUCAGCGGAAAUGAUCCCACUUUGAAAGACAUUGAAUUUUAUCGCCAAAUCGAUACCAUUAAUAUAACCAAUGCUUAUAAGAUCGGAGACACCAUUACUUUCAUAGCCAACAGAUUCUCAGUCGAUGUGUCCAAAGAGUGGUCACAAUUAGUGGUUAAAGAUUUUGCCGCAAAUUUGUGUCCAAAUUUAAACCGAAUGACAACCCGAGCGCCAACCACCACAACCAUUGCUACCACUCCCAGCGACUUGAUAGCUAAGGGCCAGGGAUUGAGUGGGGUGGCCAUUGCAAUGGCAGUUGCUAUUGUCUUACUAAUAGUAGUGGGAGUCGGAUGUCUAGUUGUGACACAACUGUACAAUAAAAUCCGAAGAAUUACUGGGGGUUUGAGUAAUCAGUUAUACUAUUGUGGAGUCAAUGAGCCCUCACUUACAUCCACUGCACCUCAAGAGGUGGCCAUCAGAUUGUAUGGCAAUAAAUGGUAUAACAAUCUGAAUAGUGAUGGAAAUGAGAGAUCGAAAGAUAGGAGAAGUGAACGCCUGAGUGAUGUCAUCACAUCUGUGAUGCUAUCGGAGACACAAUUGGGACCAAAAAUAUACGGACUCUUCGAAGACGGACAGAUCCUACACUACUAUCAGCACCGACAGUUCAAACUCGAGGAGCAAAACAACCCAAAACUGGUUGAGGAACUGUUCCGAAAGAUCGCUCGAUUCCACGCCCUGGACGUCCCCCUCCCGAAGAAGCACUGGCUCUUCAGAGAGAUUGAGCUCAACUACGAGGAGGCGUACAAAAGACAUCCCAUUAAUGAGUUGAUAGAAGAGCUAAGCUGUGAGACAAUCAAAACUCACGAUUUGAAGACUGAGAUCCAGUGGCUAAAGGAUAUGAGCGUCAAAAUAGACAGUCCUCUCGUGUUUGCACACAACGAUCUGCUCAGCUCUAAUGUAUUGGUUUUAGACAAUGAGACGGCAACUGGGGAUCAGUUAGUUAUCUGUGAUUUUGAAUAUGGCAGCUAUGGGUUCAGGGGACUGGACUUGGGAACCAUAAUCAACGAAUGGGGUCGACUCUGGAAUGACUUCCUAUCUGUCCAUACCUUUGUUGAAGACUCUGUGAUCAAACAAUUACUUCAGUACUAUAUCUCGGAAAAUGAGAAAAUUUUCGGAAAGAGAGUUACUGAGAAUAUAUGCGAUGAGAACCAGAACAGUCUGAAAAGGAUUGGAGACAUCCAAUCAAUCGAUGAUUUGGAUUUCGAUAAACUGGAUCUCACUUUUGGAGACACACCCGAAGACAUCAAUAAUAAGUGCUUACAGUUAUGUAAGGAUUAUUUGUCGGGCAAUUGGACGCAACAAACAUUGGAUACAAUUGAAGUGCGAAGAGUUUCGGGAGGAUUGACUAAUCAGUUGUAUUAUUGCGGGAUUAGAAACCCAUUGAAUAAGUCAGAUGUGCCACAAGAGGUGGCCAUCAGACUGUAUGGAUCCAAGCAUUUUAAUAAGGGUGAGAACCCGGGUAAUGAGAGACUCACCGAUACUAUCAUAUCGAUUAUGAUAUCAGAAAACAAAUUGGGGCCUAAAAUAUACGGACUCUUCGAAAGCGGACAAAUACAACAGUUUUAUCAUCACCGACAGUUUAAACCUGAAGAACAGAAAGAUCCCAAACUAGUGACAGAAGUGUUUCAAAAGUUGGCCCGAAUUCACGCCAUGGAUGUACCCAUCAGACGCGGCACCAUUUGGUUCAUCAAUGAUAUGUAUGAGUCGUACAAAUGGACACAGCUAUUGUCGCAAAGGAUGUUAGUUACCGAGCUACUUAUGUUAACGCUCUCAGGUCACGUGUUCACUCACAACGAUUUCCGGUCAAGCAAUCUGAUGAUUACUGACACCAGUAAUAACCCUGGUGAUCAGAUAGUUGUAUGUGAUUUCGAGUACGCCAGUUAUGUUCAGGUAGCUACCAGAGGGUGUUCUGCUGAGACAUAA